CAAUUUUAGUAUUAAUAUCGACUUUACUAACAGUAAUUCAAAUAACCGUUGUCAGGUGUAUUCUAGUUACUAUGGCAAAUUUUUCUUUCAUCGUUUACUAUCUCAUCUUUACUCAAAGGCCAGGUAACUUUAAAAAUUUGAACGUACGGUAAGCGUUAAUUUUGGUGAAUAAAGUUUUAAAGUCCGAAAUACGACAAACUUGAGAGACGAGGCUGAGUCAACUCUGACUUCCCUUUGCUCUUUCCUGAAUUGCUCCUUCCUUCCUUCCUUUCUUCAGUACCAACGCAACUCUUUCCAUUCUCUGUUAGCUUUCUCACUCAGACUACUCAGUUACUCUUUUCAUUCCAUUCCUCACUCACUCUCUGAUCUAAACUUUUUUGUUGCUUUUUAAUUCAACUCGGAAUCUGUUCUAAGUCAUUUUUAGGCACCAUAUGCUUAAUAUUAGUAUUGUUGAUAUACUGUGUUGAAUACUAGAAAUGAAAGAGUUUAAUUUUGAUUCACUGUUUGUUUGUGUAAAAUUUUUUAUUUCAACCAUCAAUCAUUUGUCUACCGGAACAUCACAGAUUCCAUGUUUUUGUGCUUGACUUGACAACAACCAUGAUCCAGAUUCCAGUACUGAGCUCGUAGAAAUGAAUUCAAACAGAGGGGGUGAAAGACCUUUCACUAUGGCAAACGAUGAUUAUUCUUCCAAGGGGAAAAACAUAUUGGAAUCUCAUCCAGAAACUGAGCAAUUAACUCAAGGUGUUGCUGAGGAAGAUGAUGGGGAAUGGGUGGUAUAUGCAAGGAAAUCUAAGAGUAAGGCUAGAAGCAGUGCUACUAAACCAUGGAGUCCUCCAGUUCAUAAUUCUAAUUCUAGAGGAGUGGGAAAUACAGAGAUGACUCAAAAGCCGGUCAAUCGGAAUCAUGGUGGAGUUGGAAGGGCUUCUGGCAGUAGAAAUCCUUGGCAGUCCCAAAAUGACAACUUCAAGAGACCUGUCAGCGGAGGAAAUGAAAUGCCGCAGUUGAUUACUAGUGAAUCUGAAAGCAACAGUGUGACUUCAAACCCAUUUAUUCAACCUCCGCUGGAGCAUGGGUGGAAUUGGAAAUCUAGAACUGGUUCUAAACAGUCCAAGAGUGGUGAUGAUAGCCUGGUAAAGGAUGAAAUUACAGUAGAGUCCCCUGUGAAGAAUGAUAGUGUUGAUGAUGAGGGGGAGGAGGGCUUUGAUGUUAUGGAAGACACUGAUGACGAUCUAAUCAGUGAUGAUUAUGAUUCUGAUACUAGUCAAAAGAGCCAUGAAACUCGUAAGAAGAACAAAUGGUUUAAGAAAUUCUUUGAGAUUUUGGAUUCCCUAAAUGUUGAAAAGAUAAAUGAAACUGAAAGGCAGUGGCACUGUCCAGCUUGUCGAGGUGGUCCUGGUGCUAUUGAUUGGUAUAGUGGGCUGCAACCUCUUUUGACUCAUGCUAAAACAAAGGGGUCAAAAAGGGUGAAGAUCCAUAGGGAGUUUGCUGAGCUUUUGGAUGAGGAAUUGCGCAGAAGAGGUACUUUGGUAAUUCCAGCUGGGGAAGUAUUUGGUAAGUGGAAAGGCUUAAAAGAUGAGGAUAAAGAUCAUGAAAUAGUUUGGCCUCCGAUGGUUGUUAUUCAGAAUACAAGGCUUGAACAGGAUGAAAAUGACAAGUGGAUAGGUAUGGGUAACCAGGAGCUUCUUGAUUAUUUUAGCUCGUAUGCUGCUAUGAAAGCUCGACACUCUUAUGGCCCGCAGGGUCAUCGGGGGAUGAGUGUUUUGAUAUUUGAAGCCUCAGCUGUAGGUUAUCUUGAGGCUGAGUGCCUGCACAAGCAUUUUGCAGAACAAGGAACUGAUCGAGAUGCAUGGUUUAGUCACUACCGUAAAUUGUUCCUCCCUGGUGGCAGGCGACAACUCUAUGGAUACAUGGCUGUAAAAGAAGACCUGGAUUUUUUCAACAGGCAUUCCCAAGGUAAAUCUAGACUCAAAUAUGACAUGAGAUCUUAUCAGGAGAUGGUUGUAAACCAACUUCGGCAAAUGAGUGAGGACAAUCAACAACUUAUUUAUUUCAAGGACAGGGACGUCAAAAAAGAAAAACACGCAAAAGCUCUUGAAGAAUCUUUGGGUAUAGUGACUGAGAAGCUGCGAAGGACGAUGGAGGAAAAUCGUAUUGUGAGGUUGAGAACUAAAAUGCAACAUGAAGAGAACAAGGAAGAGAUGUACAUGCAAGAACAAUUUUUCAAGGAUCAGAUCAAAAUCAUUCACGAUUCAAGGACUGAAAAGGAAGAAGAUUUUGAGAGGAUGCAACAAGAGAAACGUGAGAAGGUGAAGCAGUUAAGUGCUGGUCAUUUAAAUGAAGAGGAAAGGAGAGUCAAGUCGGAUGAAUAUCUAAAAUUUGUUGAAUUUCAAGAUAAAGAAAUGGAAAACUUUGUUGCUGAAGAGGAGAAACUCCGUCAAGCUCAUAAAGACAACAUUGCUGCAAUGACCCGGAGAUAUUGGGAGGAAAAGGUGCAGUGGGAGGAAAAGUUUAAUAAGGAACUAGCCAAGCUGAUGGAGAAGUACUCCCUAUCUCACCCAGAAACAAAGUCCAAUGGUAUCUGAUGAUAGGGUGUAGCACAGUGCGGACAAAAAGAUUAAUGCAGCAAACUAAACAGAGAAAAUAAAUGGAUAGAUUGUUCCAAGUUGAAGACCCCAAACGUCAGCAUUUUAGUAUUGGAAGACAAUAUGCCUGGAGAUUGAAAGCUGGCCAAAAUACAGUUGUCAUUGCUUAUUUUCUGUUCUUUGGGACUAGAGGCUAGAACUUUUGACGUGUUUGGUUGUUUAAAAAUUUAAUGAAUAGCAGCAACUUUAGAUGCAGGGUGUGAAUGGGUAUGAAUGGAAGCCUGAUAGAUAUAUGGGAUGGUGCUUCCUUGGAAAAUUGGUAUCAUUAGUCAAGCCUGCCUCUGCUGCUUCAAAAUAGCCUGAUUCAACAUCUUCAUAAAAAUAUAUUUAAUGGUCUUAAAUAU